AUGCCACUAAAAAAAUCAUUAGCAGUAGAAGGAAUAUUGAAGGAGAAUUCAUUUGAUUCUUCAAAAAUCCCAAGGAAGAACAGUAUUACAACUUACUCUCCAACAACUGGAACUUGUCAAAUGAGCCCAUUUGCUUCUCCUGCAAGCUCUAAAGAACAAGACCACAAAAGUGAACCAUCAAAUGGAAAGAGGAAAAAAAUGAAUCACCUCAGUUUAAAUGAAAGGAAGGAAUCUACAACAAAAGACAAUGAUGAAUUCAUGGUGUUGCUGUCUCAAGUUGAAAAAUCAUCAGAAGAAAUCCUGGAAAUAAUGCAAAAUUUAAGUAGUAUACAGGCUUUGGAGGGCAGUAGAGAGCUUGGAAAGCUCAUUGGUAUCUCCCGUAUGUCAUGUUUCUUCUUACAAAAAGAAAUGCAGAAAACGAAAGAGCUAAUGACAAAAGUAACAAAACAAAAACUCUUUGAAAAGAAGAGUUCAGGACCUCCCAACAAAGAAUUAUAUCAUCUUGACAACUAUGAAUUCCUUAAAGGCAUUUUAAACUGA